CCCGAAGACUGCACAAUGAGAGCUCUUUGAAACGCGCAAGUCUUCUGUAGCUCUCCACGUUAAACCCUAAUUCCACUGCAAUUUCCAGAAUUUCUUGUAUAUCUCUGUUGAAUUUUACUAUAUUUCUAUUGGCUCAUGGGUUGUUCAUCUUCUCUUCCAGAUAGGAGUUCUAGGCGGUUGAGUGGACUUGGCAAUCCUGAGAGCAAUGGAGUGCCUGAUGCCAAAAACCUACGGGUGAAGCUGGUGUUGUUAGGUGAUUCUGGUGUUGGUAAAAGCUGUAUUGUUCUACGCUUUGUUCGUGGACAAUUUGAUCCAACAUCCAAGGUAACUAUUGGAGCUUCAUUUUUGUCACAGACAAUUGCUUUGCAAGAUUCUACAACAGUUAAGUUUGAAAUAUGGGACACUGCAGGACAAGAAAGAUAUGCUGCGCUGGCACCACUAUACUACAGAGGUGCUGCAGUUGCAGUUAUUGUAUAUGAUAUAACAAGCCCAGAGUCAUUCAAUAAAGCACAAUAUUGGGUCAAGGAACUACAAAAACAUGGGAGCCCUGAUAUAGUCCUGGCUUUAGUUGGGAACAAGGCUGAUCUUCACGAGAAUCGAGAAGUACCUGUUCAAGAUGGUAUGGACUAUGCUGAGAAGAACGGAAUGUUCUUCAUUGAGACUUCUGCCAAGACUGCAGAUAAUAUAAAUCAGCUGUUUGAGCUUAGAGCUGCAAGCUGACGACUUCUCCAAUAUGGCAGGAAAUUGGUAAGCGACUUCCACGUACACCACCAUCAUGAUUGCUGGACCUUGUAACAAUCAUCUAAGAUGGCUUCUCUAAUGUUAUGGAAACGUACUUGCUUGUAACAAAUUUGUGUAUAUGGUGAUGUCUGUAAUCUUUGCUUCAUUGUGAUUUGGGUAUGAAAAUUCUUGUUCCAGCUAUUUGAUUAUAAAAUCAAAUUUAAACAGCUGACAUAUAAGAUUAAUGGAAACAAACUAUUUGAAGGGGUUUACAAGGCAA